AUGUCGUCGCCUCAAAAGGUCCAAUUCCUCUCCCGCAACUACAAGCUUGCCGGUCUCUUCUACCCACCCUUUCCUGGAUCUCCAGAUCGUGCCGGUGCAUCGAUAAUCAUCGCUCAUCCCUGGACCUCCAUCAAGGAACAAUCACCCGCAAACUACGCUCGAGUACUCUCCCAAGCAGGCUUCAGCUGCCUGACCUACGAUGCAGCCUACCAAGGCGAAUCCGAAGGCGAACCUCGCAAUCUGGAAGAUCCCUACCAGCGCGUCGAAGACAUAAAAUGCGCCGUGACCUACCUGGUUAGCCGACAGGAAGUGGACUCUGACAAGAUCGGCGUGCUGGGAAUCUGUGCCUCGGGCGGGUAUGCACCCUUCGCCGCGCAGACCGACCUCCGCAUCAAAGCCGUCGCAACCUCUGCAGCAGUUUGCGUGGGAGAGAUGGCUCGGCGUGGCUUCGAACAAGAUACAUCCAACCUGGAUAUUUUGAAAACCCAGCUCGAAGCAGCUGGUAAGGAUCGGAACAGUGAUGUGGACGGUGAGAAGGUCCCCAUCGUUCAUAUGCUCCCAAACAAACCAGAGGAUGCACCUGAAGAUAUGCCGGAGGCUUUCCGAGAUCUGAUGAACUACUAUCGUACACCGAGAGCGUUCCAUCCGCGUGCGACUAAUACGACCUUGGCUCGAGGAUGGGACAUCAUGGCCAAUUUUGAUGCAUUUGCGCACAAUUAUAUGAUUAGCCCGCGGCCAUUACUGAUGAUCACUGGUACGAAGGCUGCGACCAAGUGGUUAAGCGAGGAUGGAGUGGAAAAGGCGAAGGAGCCGAAGGAGUGCUUUGUGGUGGAUGGGCUCACGCAUGCGGAUCUGUAUGAUAAGGUUGAUGAGGCUGGAGCUAAGUUGGUGGAGUUUUUCGGAAAGAGUCUUGUCUGA